AUGUUUUCUUUCAAACAUUUUCUACUGUUGUCUUUCAUAUUCGGAACUGCUUCGGCUGGUUUGGUAUUUUCUCGAAAUCCUGAUGGAUCUUUCGGUUCUCCUUCAUGGACAAAAGAGAAUCCCAGCAAUGAUGGAGUACUUGAAGGAAUGGAUAAUCCAGUCAAUCAUUUGGCUCAAUCAGAAAAUUCGAGUGGUACCAGCAGAUUGGACAAUCCUGUCAACCACUUUUACGAAGACGAGUACUCAAAUGAUAAAUUGAAGACAUUCAUGAGAGCAAUGGAUAAUCCAGUAAACCAUUUGGUUAAGAAUGAGAAUUCAGGUAUUGUGGUCGAAGAUGGACGACGAGAAUUGGUCACUGGAAAUUCAUUAAACGACAGGAACCCAUUCAACGAGGAUGGACAUAAGCACCAUUUCAACGGAGACGGCCACAGUCACGAGUUCAACGAUGAUGGACACGUUCUUCAUUUUAAUGGCGAUGGACAUCAGCAUCAGUUCAACCAAGACGUGUUCGCACGCCAUUUCAGUGGAAAUGGAUACCUUCGGAAAGUCAACAAAGACAAUCACAAUCACCAUUUCAAUAAAGACGGUCACGCUCACAAAUUCAAUGACAACGGCCAUGUUCUCCAUUUUUAUGGAGAUGGACACCUCCACUCGUUGCACGAUGAGCGGCUGAUCAAUGGAAAUCAAGAAGGAAACCACCAGCGUCAACUCUCUGAUGCCUUUUUGGCUCCUCCACCUAAAUCCAUGGACCACGUUGUUAAAGCCCCACUUGACGAUGAUGAUCUGAGCCUUGUUCAGGAAACUUUCAAUGAUCAAACUAUCAACAAGACAGGACAACUUCGGUACUCGACACUUCCAAUCGUCGAGAAAGCUCUGGUCAAAGACAUCGUUCGCAUCAUUCUGAAAGACGAGGAAUACAUGAUCCUACUCAACAAUCCAUCGUUCCCAGAAGUUGUGAAUAUGGUGAAAACAAUGUUGAGAGAGCCAAUCCAAGAUGUACUGCAACAACAAAUCUGGAGCAAAGUCCUUGCCAUCGAAGCCUAUUACAAGAAGUUCUAUCAACCGUUGAAUAAUCCAGAGACCAAAAGAGAAGCGAUGAAUUUCCUCACUCACUUGAAAGAAGCGUCUGAUGGACACAAAUUGACUGUUGAUGACACUGUGAAACUGAAUGAGGAAAUGCAAACUCUCGCCUAUUUGGUUCAAGAGAAGGAAUUCAAUCAGAGAAUUUCCGAUUUGGAAGCGACUAUCAAGGAAGAAGGUGAAACUUUCAAAGAAAAACAUUACUCUCGUAAAAAUGCAAUGAACAAUAAUUCUUCUACUAUUGCAUCCGCUCCGGUUACUGUGAACGCUACUACCGUCAAAGUCAUCACCACUACAACACCUUCAAACGCCAGCACCACUGAUACUUCCGUAAGAUCAUCAUACAACGCUUCUCUGCCGACUACUGAUGCGUCCCUGAUUUCUACGACUACCAACUCAACCACCACUGAAUCCAUCUACACAGGGACUAAUGCAACGGUCACUUCCAACACAUCAUUCGGGUCAACUUCUGCCGUUUGGAAUGUCACUACCACCGAACAAACUCCUUCCACUAACAGCUCUAAAACGGACAGCUCUUCAAUUCGUCGGAACUUUGCCGAGAGCUUCAAUCCGUACGUUGGAGGUCCGAACUCGGUGGGAGACUCUUGGAAUCCAGAAGGAACCGAUGAAGACAAUGAUUAUUGA